AUGUUGCUAAAGGUGGGUAAGUCUUCUUUUCUUCAAAAAGAUCUCUUUAUUGAGAAUUGUUGUUUUAAAGUGGGCAAUGGCUUUAACACUCCGUUUUGGGAAGUUUGUUGGUUAAAUGAUAUUUGUUUGUCGGAUGCUUUUCCGGAACUUUUUGCUAUUUCUUUGUUGAAAAAGGUAUCCGUAGCGGUUAUGGGAGGGUGGAGUGAUGGUGUUUGGAAAUGGGGGGAUUUGGGCAUUUCGGUGGACGAGGCGGUUGAGGCGGGUCUAUUUUCGAAGCUUUUGCCUUUACGGAUUUUGUUGGACUCUUUUGCGGGGUGUAAUAUGGAGAAGGAUUCCGUGAGUUGGAAAAAUGAGACGGAUAAGAGUUUUACGGUGUCUUCUUGUUAUCGUUGGUAUGCUUCCUGGCGAAUCCCUUUUGGUCCUAUUAAUAGGAAUGAUGUUGUGUUGGAAAAGAUUUGGAAGAUGGAGGUUCCCUUCAAAAUUAAAGCGUUUGCUUGGAGACUUUUUGUGAAUAGGCUUCCAACAAAAGACCUUUUGAAAGGUAGAGAUAUUGUUUUUCCCACUUCUAAUUUAUCUUGUGUUUUUUGUGGGUUGCAUAUGGAGGAUAGAGACCAUAUUUUCUUCAAAUGUAAUGUAAUUAAACUUGUUUGGAAAGACAUUGGUGAGUGGGUGGCUUAUUCGGGUUGGAAGGAGGAAGAUUGCAUUCCGUUUUUUAAGGAAUGGUACGUCAUGAGUAAUGUGAAAAGAAUUAAAGAAGGUAAAUUGGGGCUGUUAUGGUUGGCCACUUGUUGGAUAAUUUGGUUGACAAGAAAUGACUUUUGCUUUAAAAAUGAGAUUUGGAAUAUAAAUGAUAUAGUGUGGAAAAACAAGGUUUUGUUGUGGAGAUGGUCUUCCUUUGGUGAUAUUACUUAUUCCAAUUGUAACUUUUACGAUUUCUGUAAAGAUCCGUUAUCUUUUUUAUCGUGA